AUGGACUUAGAGAGUAUCGAGAACCGGUUCAAAGAUCUUAAGAAGAGGAGCGUCGAUGUGGCCAUACAGAUCAGAAAAAUUGCAGAAAGAGAAGCUAAGGAUGAAUCUUUGGUAGGUAAACCUAAGAUAUAUAGCAUGGAAGAUACGAACGAAAUGGGCACGAGACCAGUGGAUAGUUCUGAGAGGCGACGUUUGAAGUUGAUGAACUAUAGCAUGCGAGAAUACGAAGAAUGGGACAAGAAACAAAAGGGCAAGGAAGUUAAGAGAGGAGGUGCUAAUGUACAGGAGCUAGCUAAAUACUCUUACGAGAAGGAUUUGAGUAGAAGUAAACAAAAUAACGGGAAUCGCGUGGUUAAAAUAUCAACGGAUGCCAAGACGAAUCGCUUGCAAGUGAAAGAUGAUGAGAAGCUGGUUAAUAAACUCGCGAAUGAUUUAAAGAAGACUACAAGGGAGCGAUUUCUGGCAAGAAAAAAGGAUAUGGAGAAGGCAGAUGCACGAGCUACCCCUGGUGGGUACAUUAAUGAAAAGAAUAAACAGUUUAAUCUUAAGCUAGAUAGGCAAAUGAAGGAAACGGAGCGUUAA